AUGGUAAAAUAAGAAUCUAAGAUUGUAAAUUUAGUGAUUAAAGUAAAAUAAUAAAAACAAAUCUUAAUCAUCAAGCCUUAAAAUUAAUGGGACAAUUUACUACUUGUCCAAUGCACGAUUGUAAUUAUUUUUUUCGUCUAAAUGAAGAAAUUGAAAGCAAAGUCAAUUUUUGCAAUAAUUGUAAUAAAUAUUUUUGUUAUAAUUGCCUUUAAUUUUGCCAAUAAUAACACUAAUGUUAAAUUAUUUAGAAAUUUUCAUAAAUUAUUUGUAAAUUCUGCAAUAAAUGUGGAAUAUUACAAAUCAUAUAAAAAUUAAAACCAUAAUUAACGUGCACAUAAUGUUAAAACAUGA